AUGGCUCACAUUGACGACGCUGAUCUCGCUGUUGAGGCUGCCCCUACCGGCGAAUCUCACUCUGGUGCUCCCAUCGCUAUUCCCUCAGAUGGCAACACCAUUGAGAUCCCCGCUACCCGUAGCGCCAUUAGCGAUGCCGCUCGAUUCAUGCACAAUUUGAGCUUGUCGCCGUCCACGAAGGACCGCCGAGGCUCUCGUAACUCAUUUGGCACAUCGCUGCCCAUCCCUCGCUCACCCCGCCUCUCCCGCCUGUCUACUGCUAAGCGGCCUGGUGCUUCAUCAGUUUCCCGAGACAUCCUGGCCUCCCAGAUCCAGGACAUGUCCAAGGAGAAGGUGGAUGCCGCUAAGAACAUGGCCUUUGCUUUUGAUAUCGAUGGUGUGCUGGCACACGGCAACGAGGCGAUCCCCGAGGCCAUUGAGGCUUUGAAGAUGCUCAACGGCGAUAACGAGCUUGGCAUCAAGAUCCCUUACAUUCUGUUGACUAAUGGUGGUGGUAAGACUGAGGUUGAACGCUGUGCGCAACUCACCGAGGUUCUCAAGUGCCCCAUUUCUACGGAUCAGUUCAUCCAGUCCCACACUCCCAUGCAGGCAUUGGCUGAGUACUAUGACACUGUCCUGGUUUGCGGUGGUGAAGGAUUCAAGAUCCGUGAGGUAGCUGAGAGCUAUGGUUUCAAGAAUGUGGUGCACCCUAAGGAUAUCCUUGCAUGGGACCCUACUGUCUCCCCUUGGCGCUGCUUCUCUGAAGAGGAGCGUGCUGAGGCUAAACCCCGCGACUUCUCUAAGAUCAAGUUUGAUGCUAUCUUGGUCUUCGCCGAUUCCCGCGAUUAUGCCACUGAUAUGCAGAUUAUCUUGGAUUUGCUCUUAUCAGAAGAUGGUCAGCUCGGCACCCGCGCCAAGGACCCCGUUGCUAACCGUAUUCCCGUCUAUUUCUCUCAGGGUGACUUGAUGUUCCCUACCGACCACAAGGGCCCACCCCGCCUGACCCAGGGUCUCUUCCGUAUCUCCAUCGAAGCUCAGUACAAGACUCUGACAGGUGUUGAUCUUGAGCGUGUAGUCUACGGCAAGCCCGAGCGCGCAACCUACACCUACGCCGACGAGGUUCUCAAGGCGUGGAUGGAGGAGCUCCACAACGAGAAACUCCUUCCUAAGAACAUUUACAUGGUUGGUGACAACCCUCAGUCCGACAUCUGCGGUGGUAACAUGUACGGUUGGAACACUUGUCUAGUUCGCACUGGUGUGUUCCAGGGCGGCGACAACGACCCAAACAACCCCGCCAACUUCGGUGUCUUCCCCAACGUACUAGAGGCUGUCAAGACCGCCGUACGCAAGGAGCUUGGUCAAGACUUCAAGCUCAAGUGGAACCCUAAGGUUAAUCCCGUUCUGCACGGUGAGGCCACUUCCGCCAUUGAGUAA